AUGUGGUGUGGUGUGGCGCUGUUCAUGAUGUUGUGGCUGUCCCCAGCCAUCGCCGCCGCCUCGCCGCCUGCCACUUCCGACUGUGUGGGCUUGGUGUGCGUCCUCAAGGCCACCAACUCGACCUGGGCCGGCGGCGGCCUCUCGGCGUCUCUCGCGCUCUUCGACACUGCCCGCCGCUCCGGCUUGGGUUGGGGUUCGAGGGCGUCUCUCCACCUGACGGCCGCGGCGGAGCUCCCGCACGUGGCGGCAGGCGCCCACGCCUUCGAAGGCGACGCCACGUGGGACGAGUAUGGGCAAGAAUUGUCUAUCGACGGCGGCACCUGGCACGCAUACGCCUCGGCGUUGUCACCGGCGACGCUCCUGCUGCACCUGCGGCUUCCGCCGGCCGCGUCGGCCGGCUUCCACGCCCUCUCGUGGCAGCGUCCGCUCCCGCGCGGCGAGCUAGCGCGCUUCGCCGAGGCGGCGGCCAUGCUGGCGGCGGGAGAGGCGGCGGCGGCUGGUUCGCUCGGCCCUCCCGGUCGCGCCGUGCUGCUGCAAGACCUGAGCGGAGGGCUGUGCCUGCUCUCUUCCCCGUCCUCCGCCGACGAUGAAGGCGGCGACACCGCCGCCGGACGCGCCUCGGCGCCGACUCUUGGCGAUUGCGCUUCGCCUGAGGCGGUGUGGCAGGUCGGCGCCGGCGCUGCAGAGGCGACGCGCGAGCUGCGUGCGGCGGCCGCCUCCGCCGCCGGCGGCGGCGGCGGCGGUGGCGGCUCCGACGUCUGCCUCCGCCGGCCGGCGGGCUCGUCGGGCGCCAAGCCGCUUGCGCUCGGCAAGUGCGGCUCGCUGGGCACGCGCCGCUGGGAGCUGUCGGAAGGGGGGCGGCUCUCGGCGCGUGCGGUCUCGUCCUCGCGGCUGCGCUUCUGCGUGCGCGUCGCUCGGCCGAGCGAUGAGGAGGGGGCGAGGGCGUGGGCUGCGUGCGUGGCGCGCCCUGCGUGCGCCGACGCCGGGGAGGUCGGCCUCUGCUGCCCGGACCAGGAGGGGGUGCGGCGGGAGUGCUGCGACGACGCUGCGGCGCCGCCGCUGCCCGCCGCGCUCGAGACGGCUUCGUGUGACGACGAGGCGGCGGCGGCGGUGCUGCGCGUGCUUUCGGCCCCCGGGCUCGCGCCGCGCGCUGCGCUGCACCAGUCCACCUCACAAGCUAGCGGCGCCUCCUCCGCCUCCUCCGCCGCGUCUGCGGCGGGCGGUGCUGGCGCGCUGACCAAGGCGCAGCUUGACUGGCUGAACGGCGCGCUUCUUCCCGAGAGCCGCAUGCAACUCGCCGCCGCCGCCGCCGCCUCCAGCGGCGGUAGAGGCGGCGGCGGAGGUGGUGGAGGAGGUGGAGGGCCUGCGCCGGGGUCCGCGUUUCUCCGCGGCGUCCGUGGCUCGCACCUCGAGGCGUGGCACGCCGCCGCCGCCGCGGUGCAGAGCGGCUCGCGCACGGUCGGGUCGCUGACGGAGCAGCUCGACGCGCUGACUGACGAGAGCGCCGGCGGCGAGGGCGGCGGCGGGCUCGGCGAGGGCGGCGAGGGCGGCGGCGGCGAGGGCGGAGGCGGCGAGGGGGGCGGCGGCGAGGGUGGCGGCGGCGACGGAGGUGGUGGCGAGGGCGGCGGAGGCGACGGCGGAGGCGGCGAGGGCGGCGGCGGGCUCGGCGAGGGCGGCGAGGGCGGCGGCGGCGAGGGCGGCGGCGGCGACGGAGGUGGUGGCGAGGGCGGCGGAGGCGACGGCGGAGGCGGCGAGGGCGGCGGCGGGCUCGGCGAGGGCGGCGAGGGCGGCGGCGGCGAGGGGGGCGGCGGCGAGGGCGGCGGCGGCGACGGAGGUGGUGGCGAGGGCGGCGGAGGCGACGGCGGAGGCGGCGAGGGCGGCGGCGGGCUCGGCGAGGGCGGCGAGGGCGGCGGCGGCGAGGGCGGCGGCGGCGAGGGCGGUGGUGGGCUCGGAG